UAGAGCCUGCAGUUUCUCUGUAUACAGAUUUGUCUCUCUCUCUCUCUCUCUUAGGGUUUACGAAAUCGGUCCGAUUGAAAUUCUCGGCGAUGUCUUCGACAAGGAUGAUUGAGCUUAAGAGUUCAGACGGUGAGAUUUUCGAGGUCGAGGAAGCGGUGGCGCUAGAAUCAGAGACGAUAAAGCAUAAGCUUGAGAUUUUCGAGGUCGAGGAAGCGGUGGCGCUAGAAUCAGAGACGAUAAAGCAUAUGCUUGAAGCCGACUGCGCUGAUACUUUUUUUCCUCUUCCAAACGUUACAUCUAAGAUCUUGGCGAAGGUGAUUGAAUACUGCAAGCGCCAUGUUGAGGCGGUGGCGGCAAAGCCCGCCGAGGGAGUGCUGGUUGCAGCUGACAAGAUGACCGACGAGGAGCUGAAGGCGUUUGAUGCUGAUUUCGUGAAAGUUGAUCAGGGCACCCUGUUUGAUCUUAUCUUGGCAGCAAACUAUCUGAACAUAAAGAGUCUGCUCGACCUCACAUGUCAGACUGUGGCCGACAUGAUAAAAGGAAAGACUCCGGAGGAAAUCCGCAAGACUUUCAAUAUUAAGGAUGACUUCACCCCGGAGGAGGAAGAGGAAAUUCGCAGGGAAAAUGCUUGGGCGUUUGAGUGAUAUGCCUCUGCAAAUUAAGUUUCUGUACCUAAUAGAGUAUGCUAUAAUAUGGUAGGUUUUAUUAAGAGUCGUCCAGUAAAUUCUUGGUAUCAUGUUAUGAAGAGAUCCAACUCUUUGUUGAAAUUUGUUUCCCAGUGUUAAACCUUUAUGCUUCUAUGACACUGGUACUUGGUGUUCCUUUUAAAUGCUAUAUCUUUUAUAUCUUCA